AUGAUGCCCCAUACCAUUACUCGACGGCUGUUGCAAAACUCGUACGAAGAGAUGAGGCGAGUGUUACCAUUUCUCGGAGAACUGUCUGAAAUUCUCAAUCUCUUGGACCGCCAAUAUGGUUAUUUUGCCGCUGUCCCUGCAACAAUACCGCCCACCUCCUCUGCACCUGCAUUUGCUCUCGUCAACGCCGUCGUUGCACUGGCCGUCCGCCACAAAAUGGCGACCGGGGCCGAGUCGCAGAUUGCUGGCAUAGCGGCAGCGUACUACCGAAACGCGACGCUGGUCACACACCACUUGAUUUUACAGAAACCAACCAGAAUAUCAGCACAAGCACUAAGGGCAAUGGCGGCAUUUGCAGGUGGAACGCCCGACCUGCCGGCCAAGUCAAUGUUGCUGGCCAACGCUGAACAGCAGGAACGAAUGAUGGCUGAUACGUGA